AUGAUACCUUUUCGCCCUCGGCUCCGAUGCAGCUCACUCCACUGUGCGUCUCGUCGACUAUACUCUAUCUCAGCACCACCGACAUCAACCUCCAAACCAUUAUUAGUAUUGGGAAUUGAGUCUUCCGCAGAUGAUUCAUCCGCUUCCAUCGUCUCAUCUCAACGUGAGAUAUUAUCUCUAGUCACUAUCUCACAGCAUGAUCAAAACUCUCUACAUGGUGGAAUACAUCCUUUGUUAGCUCAAGCUUCACAUAAUAAGAAUAUACCAAUAGCUAUUUCAAGAUGUUUGAAUGAAGCUAAAGUUGAUAUAAGCGAGAUUGAUGCGAUAGCUUAUACGAGAGGUCCAGGAAUGAGAGGUUGUUUAUCAAUAGGUGAAAUGGCAGCUAAAGGCCUAGCGGCUGGUACGAAUAAAAGAUUAAUUGGAGUACAUCAUAUGCAAGCUCAUGCAUUGACACCACUUCUGACUGAACCUAUUCCGCCCAAAUUCCCAUUUUGGAUCUUACUCGUUUCGGGCGGACAUACGCAGCUAGUCUUGGCUGAAUCACAAGACAAAUUCAAGAUCCUAUUAGAUACAUUAGAUAGCAAAAUCGGAGACGUAUUCGAAAAAGCGGCUAGAUUGAUAAAGUUGCCUUAUUCAAUAACGAAAUCUCCAGGAGCGAUACUGGAGUCUUUUGCAUCUUUAUCACCUUUAUCACCUUAUGAUCAAAAUCCACUUAAACCAUUACCUAUACCUUUAACUACCAACGAGUCAGCACGUAUAAAAGCAUUCUCAUUUUCAGGUAUAUUAUCUUCUUUACAAAGACAGAUCAACCCCGAUCUUCGGUCUGGGCGUGAUCAAUCCAAACAAGAGAUAGAAGUAAGGCUUAGUGAAGCAGAUCAAAGAGAAUUCAGUAGGAUAUUCCAAAAUGCGACUAUUGGUCAUUUGGUUCUCAAAUUACAACAAGCUCUUACAGCUAAAGAUAACAGCACAAACAUGAACGAUUUGGGUGGAUUUGUAGUUUCCGGUGGAGUAGCAAGUAAUCUGUUCUUGAGAAAAAGUUUGAAAACGAUGUUAACCACAAUGAGUGAAAAUGAAGUCGGGGAUGGACAAGGAGUCAAGUUAUACUAUCCUCCCAUUUCAUUGUGUACAGACAACGCAGCAAUGAUAGCUUGGACUGGUCUCUUACGUCUACAAUCGGGAUUAUUCAGUGAUCCCUAUGGUUUACCUCUAAGACCCAAAUGGUCUUUGGAGGAUUUGUAUGAUGAUGUCGAGUCAUAA